UUUCAAACAGCCAAUGGACGAAGAAAGAAGGGGAGCUUGGUUGAAACCAUAGAAACGACAAGGAAGUCUUGUAGUCGGAGAACAUAAACGGUUCUUAAAGCUAGCGUGAUAGCUAAUGCUCGGCUUCGGAAAUGUUCAAAGUAAAAAUACUCUUUGUUGGACCUACCGAGAGUGGGAAAACUGUUCUUGCCAAUUUUCUCUCAGACAUGACAGAAAACGUGGGCGGACAGUACCGACCUACUAAAGGAGUCAGGAUACUGGAAUUCAAAUCCCAGCUUAAAGGCAGUGGUGACAAGACCUGUGAGGUGGAACUUUGGGAUUGUUCAGGAGAUUUUAAGUUUGAAUUAUGCUGGCCUGCUCUCAUGGAAGACUGUAAUGGUGUGGUGACCAUUUUUAAUCCUGCUGUUCCAAGUCACCUGAAAGAAAUUGAGACCUGGUACUCCAUGUUCAUUGCAUCCCAAGGUUUGCAGGACAACCAGUGUCUACUCAUAGCUCAUCACAAGCCUGGCAGUGAGGUAAAAGAUGGGCAGUUGACUUUAGCACCAAAUCUGAGCAGACUGCAGCUUAUUCACUCCAACCUGGAAGAGGACCCAGAGGAUGUUAGACAUGCUUUCUUCAGAUAUGUGGGAAAUGUUGUAAAUGGGAUGUUGGAGAGUCAAGAGCGAGAGGAAAUGUCAAUUAUUACUCAGCAGUGAAAUCUGUACAUAUCUACCCGACUGACUGCACAGUUCAUUGGCUUAUGUAACUCAUCAAGUUAUUUUCUGUUAAUAACUUGUCCCUAGUGUUUUAUUAAAGGUUCAUUUACUUUA